CCCGCACGUCAUUGCCUGACGCCAAGGGUUGGGGUGUGCAGGCGCAGAAGUAAUCUUGCUUUAAACUUACAUACUUUGAACUUUCAAUUUUAUUUUUAAAUAACUUUAUUUCAUAAAUAACAAAUAUUUGUUUGUAAAAAGAUCAUCAAAUCUACAAAAGAUGAUUGACAAGGUGACCGGAGCAGGGGCUUUGCCUUUUGCAGUCCAGCUCAAAGCUCUUCUGGACCAAGAAGCCAGAUACCAGCCCAAACUCGGUGGACUCCGAGUGAUCGAGUCUGCUCAGGAUAAUGGUCUGAGAAUGACUGUCAAACUUCGAGACUUUCAAGUGAGGGAGCUUCUCUCCUUGACACGAUUCUUUGGCUUCAGUGCGGAUACGUUCUCCCUUGCUGUGAAUCUUCUAGAUCGAUUCCUGGCUGUGGUCAAGAUUCAGCCCAAGCAUCUGUCCUGUGUGGGUCUCUGCUGCUUCUACAUCGCUGUGAAGACUUCAGAAGAAGAGAGGAAUAUUCCUUUGGCCAGUGACCUCAUCAGGAUCAGUCAGAAUCGCUUUACGGUCCAUGACAUGAUGAGGAUGGAGAAGAUUGUUCUGGAAAAGCUGUACUGGAAGGUCAAGGCUCCAACUGCCCUUCACUUCCUCAGACUCUUUCACUCUCACAUUCAAGAGAAGAUGGCCACAGAAAGUAUGAGGAUUCUGAACAUUGAGAGGCUUGAGGCUCAGUUGAAAGCUUGCCAUUGCUCCUUUGUUUUCACCAAAAUAAAGCCUUCACUGCUUGCUUUGUCACUUCUGGCCCUGGAGAUCGAGGAUCGGCACGAGUGUGAGCCAGUUCCGGCUCUGAAAGAGGCUCUAGAUGGUCUACAGGAGCGUUUGUCUGUUAAAGCUGGAGACCUGGUUUGCAUGAGAGAGCUUGUUGCUAAAUGUCUGGCUGAAUACGCCACCACCAAGUGCCUGAAACCAAAUGGCCAGAGACUGCGAUGGAUGAUUUCGGGUAGAACCGCCAGACAACUGAAGCCAAGUUACUACAAGAUUGCACAUCUACCCACGAUUCCUGAAUCUGCUUAUUAAGACUGUUAGUGUUGAGUGCCCAUAACUGAACAGCUUAAUUCAGUCCUAUAGAAAACUGCUUUUAAUACUUUAAUCUAUGUUAUGGACACCCAACACUAAUUUCUGCUAACUUUAAUUCCUUCUUCUUCAGUCUUUAUGUCCUCUAUGACACCUGCUGUGAUUGUAUUUAUCAUCCGCACUGGCUCAAUCUUGAUUACUAGUCAAGGGUGGGUUUGAGCAAGUUUAUCAGAUGGGUUUCACUGAUAAGGCUUGCUCAUGUUCAUUUGAAUCGGCGCAAGAAGCGCCGGUUGUUUAAAGCAAUUAAGUAUAGAACCGCCUAGGUCCUCAGUCCACUGUGUGGAAGAGGAGGGAGAAGGGUUUUGAGAUUCAAGACAACAACAGAACCAAGAGAUCAGGCCCAAAACCCUUAACUCCCAUCCUAGGUUGUCAGCUGUUGUAAUGCACACUCCUACCCAAGGUGAUGAAAAUGAGAUGGUUUUUUUGUUUUCUUUUUGUUUAUUUUGGCAUUCUGCUUUCUAACGUGGCUUGAAGAAAUUUGGAUGGCUAUGGAAAUGCAGGUUUUAACUUGAUUUACGCCUCUAAUAUGAAAAAAUAGCUAAUUACCAACUAACCAGGCAGAAGCUUAUUUUACAUUUGGUUGAUUACUACAAAUUUUUGUAACCACGACCAUUUGUUUUAUACCUGGUAUAAAUUCAACUCCAAACAGAGAUGAGUGGGCCAAAUAAAACUAUUGAAAUGGAUCGAAUUGAAUGCAAGUGGCUCUUUUUGUUUUGGCUGUUAUCUGGAAGAUGAGGCAGCGUUUUGCAAGAUGAUGUAGUUGAACCUUUCAAUAAAACUGUAUUGAAAAGUGAAA